AUGGCAUAUUACACAUUCUGCCAUGAACACAGAUUAUUGUACGAUUUAUUUGAAAAACAGAGGUACAACCCACUUGUCCGACCUGUUUCCAAUCAUUCAACCCCCCUAUUUGUCCAAUUCAGUCUGGCUUUUCAGCAGCUUAUAAACAUAGUGAAUACUGCCGACGGAAACUAUGAACCAUCUUUCAUGUCGAAUGUGGUUAUUUACAACACUGGGCUUAUUCUCUGGGUUCCUCCGGCCAUUUAUAAGUCAUCUUGUACAAUCGAUGUGUCCUUUUUUCCUUUUGAUCAACAAAUAUGCGAAAUGAAAUUUGGUUCCUGGACUUAUAAUCCAGAUGAACUUGACUUUUUGGACGUGAAUGCAGAUUUAAAUGACUAUCGAAUCUCCCAAGUAUGGGAUAUCAUCGAUUACGAAACUAUAACAAAAAGAAUAAAUAGUGAUUUAGGAAAACAUGUUGAAGUUGUAUUUCGUUUUGUCAUACGAAGAAAGUCGUUGUUUUAUUCUAGCAAUCUUAUUAUUCCCUGUGUACUCAUUGCACUGCUCAGCGUCACUGUAUUUUAUUUACCGGCUGAUGCUGGUGAGAAGAUUACUCUAUCGAUUUCUAUAUUAUUUUCUAUAAACGUUUUUUUGCUUCUGGUGUCCAAGAUUCUGCCUCCGUCCUCGACAAUUCCUUUGAUUUCAACAUAUCUUCUUUUUACGUUUAUUCUUAACAUUUUUACUAUAUUUGUGACUGUCAUUCUCAUCAAUUGGAACUUCCGGACUCCGAGGACACAUCGAAUGUCCAAAUGGUUCAAGAUUAUUUUUCUUAAAUAUCUUCCUCGGAUUCUGCUAAUGGAACGACCUGACCAUACCAAACGUUAUCAAAGUGCAAUGGAACGCAACAACAAUUAUAAACAAUUGGAUAAACAGAAUUUUGUCUCAUAUUCACCAAAAAGUUUUGAAACCCAGGAAUCUGAAAAGUCCCCUCCACUCGAGUCUUCUCCAUUUUUUCCGGCUGACUUGGUCAGACGAGAUUCAACUGCAGAAGACGCUUUAAAUUCUAUCAAUUUCAUAGCUCAUCAUUUAUAUGAGCAAGACGAAUAUAACGCAGUGAGGGAAGACUGGAAGUAUAUUGCUUCAGUAUUCGAUCGACUUCAGUUGUAUAUUUUUCUGCUUGUUACCGCAAUUGGCAGUAUUGCUACUUUAAUGAAUGCUCCAUAUGUUUUUGAUUUUGUUGAUCAGAAGGAGAUUAUCAACACAAUAAUUAAGAGAAAAAAUACUUAA